AUGGAGAUGGAGCUUCAUCGCCAAAUAUGGAAAUUAGCUGGCAUAAGGCCCUUCACAUGGAAUGGAGCUUCAUCUGAAGUUGAAAAUGUGGUCAGCUUAAAGACAAUUUGGUUUCUGGUUGGUUUUGUGAACCUUGUGUAUCAAAAUUUUGGUUUGGUGAUGUUUUUACUACUACCGCAAUCGUUUCACUCCGAUGAAAUCGAUGAGCAGGAACAAAUAGCUAAAAUUGCUGAAACUAUAAGCAUUAUGUGCCUUACAUUUGUCUGUGUUUGUUACAUUUGGACAACAUUUUGGCAUGGAAAACGAUUUUCUAUUCUUAUGGAGCAGUUUCAGCUCAUAUUCCCAAGUACCUGUGUACAACAGCAGCAAAUCAAGUACAGAUUUAACCAAUGCGGAACAACUGCCGGUUUUUACCGUGUACAGUAUUAUUAUGAGAAAUCACAACUUUUGAUGAGAGUGACAAAACUUUUUUUUAUGUCUGCAAUGAUCUAUUACAACUCUCUGCCAAUAGUUGAACUGACUUAUGAGGCAUUCUGGCCGAAUAAUAUUGUAAAGUAUCGUUACCAAUCGAAUACGUGGUACAUGUGGCAAAGUAUCGAGAAUCAAAAAUCUCUUGUUUCGUUUGUGGUUGCGUACUUCUGUCAGAUGUUUUCAUCCAUCAUUGGAGUUUCCUUUAUAAUGGCGGUUAAGUUUAUGCUGUGUUUCUUCAUAACUCAGAUGCAAAUGCAUUUCGAUUUCUUGGCAAAUGCAUUGGAGAAUUUGGAUGCCACCCAGCAGAACGCCAAUGAACGGCUUAAAUUCAUAAUUAAUUAUCAUAAUCGAUUACUUGAUUUAUCACGAGAAAUGAAUAACAUUUUCAAUGUCACAUUUUUGGUUAACUUUUUCACUUCAUCAAUUGCAAUGUGCUUAAUGGGAUUUUCUAUGUUGAUGAUUAGCUUAGCCCACGCCUUUAAAUACUUUGUUGGUCUUUUGACUUUCAUCGUAUUUACCUUCUUCAUAUGCUAUCAAGGUAGUGAGCUAACAAGCGCAAGUGAAAAAUUGAGAAAUGCUGCGUUCCAUAGUAAUUGGUAUGAGGGGAACUUGCCGUAUCGCAAAAUGAUAUUAUUUUUUAUAAUGCGAUCGGAGAAACCUACUGUUCUAAGCAUUCAUAAAUUUACUGCAGUGUCCAUGCCAACAUUUAUGGCGGUUUUAAAAUUGUCAUAUCAACUGUUUUCGGUCUUUCGUGCAACUGCUUAA